AUGCCUAAGGAUGUAUCCCUCGAUAAUACCAUUGAAUUCUUAAAAGGUAGAGUAUACCUUGGAGCUUAUGAUUAUACACCAGAAAAUACUGACGAGAUCGUAUUUUUCACCAUAGAAGAUACCCUAUACUAUAACAGUUUCCAUCUAGAUUUUGGUCCCAUGAAUAUAGGUCAUUUAUAUCGAUUUGCCGUUAUACUCCAUGAAAUCCUUAAUGAUCCAAUAAACUCUAAAAAAUCAGUAGUUUUCUACUCUUCUACGUUCACUAGAGAACGUGCUAAUUCUGCAUGCCUUUUAUGCUGUUACAUGAUUCUAGUUCAAGGAUGGACACCACAUCAAGUCUUACAACCAUUAGCUCAAGUGGAUCCUCCCUUUAUGCCAUUUAGAGAUGCAGGUUAUUCUAAUGCUGAUUUCGAAAUUACUAUACAAGAUAUUGUUUACGGUGUAUGGAGAGCUAAAGAGAAAGGAUUGAUUGAUUUGAAGAAUUUUAAUCUUGAAGAUUAUGAACGUUAUGAACAUGUGGAAGAAGGUGACUUCAAUGUAUUGACCCCGGAUUUCAUUGCAUUUGCUUCACCACAAGAGGAAAAUUAUAAAUUGAAUAGAAAUCCUAUCGUUGUAAAUUUAAAUCGACCCUUCAAAAGUGUCUUGAAUUUCUUUAAAGAUAAUAACGUUCAAUUGGUAGUAAGGUUAAAUUCUCACCUUUAUAAUAAACGUCAUUUUGAAACAAUAGGAAUUCAACAUUUAGAUAUGAUUUUCGAAGAUGGUACUUGUCCAGAUCUUUCCAUUGUUCAAAAUUUUGUAGGUGCCGCUGAAACAAUAAUUAAGAAAGGUGGGAAAAUUGCUGUUCAUUGUAAAGCGGGUCUUGGAAGAACAGGAUGUCUUAUUGGAGCUCAUCUUAUUUAUACAUAUGGGUUUACUGCCAAUGAAUGUAUUGGAUUUUUAAGGUUUAUAAGACCAGGGAUGGUUGUUGGUCCGCAACAACAUUGGUUGUAUCUCAAUCAAAACAAUUUUAGAGAUUGGAAACAUACCAUGAGAAUAUCAUUGGAACCUAGUGAAAUUAUUGGCGGACUUUACCCUUUGAUACCGUUAGAUGAAUAUAGGCAACAGAAGAGGGCUAUGAAAGAAUCCGCUCUAUAUAACGAUGAUAAUAAUGUAAAUGAUGAAUUCGGAGAUUCAUUAACUAUGACGCCGCCAAGGAAAAUUCGUAAUAAUAAUGCACUAAACGAUAGAAGACUUGAUAACAGAUACCAAACGGUUGGUUUACCUCAAAAUUCUCCGGGCCAACCAAGAAAAGGUCAAAAUGGUACAUAUACAAUUGAAAACAUCGAUAAAAAAAAUGGAACUAAAAAGUCUCCUGUUGAAGACGGAGAUGGAGAUAUUAUAAUGAAGAGUAAUAACGAUAGUAAGGUAUCUAGCUCGUCCAUUGGUCAUGAUGACGAUGCAGACAGAGAUACAUUAUUGAGACAGCUACUGCCGAAAAACAAACGUGCUGUUUCUGGUAAAAGAAUCACUAGUGCUUCAGGGAUUAGGAAAACUAGAUGA